AUGUCGUACAAUUUUGGUGGCCGUAGUAUGGCGCCAAAUGCUGCUGCUCCUGCAGAUUCAUCACGUCGGCCGUCCAACUCUAAUGUCCCUUAUACUUCCCAACUUCCAAGAUCCCAAUUGGCAAAGCCAGUGAACUAUACCCCGCGAACUAGUCGUGCUUCAUCUGUGUCUAGUUCAGACGAAACUGGCCAAAUACCGGCCCCAAGAGCAACAUAUCAGGCCGCUCCUCGCUCCAAACGACUAUCAUUGUUGCCACGGCCGACUACUGGCGGUCUGUCAUCUUUAAUUCCACCAGCAUCUACAUCAACUCAAAUUCCUAUUCCAUCUACUAUUCCAUCGUCUUCUUCUUCUCCUAAUCUCGCAAUCCCGCCCACAGUUGCGCCCAGCCACGAAGUGCAAACGCACACGCAAACGCAAACGCCACCUGCCAAAAGAACCCGCAAUGUUCUUCGCAGAAAGGCGCCAUUAAUAGGGAAGCAUGUGGAGCAAAAUAAAACCCAGAAGCUUAGUCUGGUGAUUCCACAGGAAGACCAGCCAAGCAAUAUGAAGGACCCCAUGCGGGGUUUUACUCCAGAUGCAUAUUCCGCCGGGCCGUCUGUAUCUGCAUCUGCAUCCUCCAAAAGUUCAAGCGAAAAGACAAUUAAGAGUGGAGUGGUGUCUCCGAUGACUCAAGGACCAGCAGAGCUGGCGAGUCUCCGGACUACAGUCAGUACUCAGAAUCUUCCUCCCCCUUCACAUGGCUUUCCAUCCGCGAGCAGCCCAUCCACAAGGUAUUCUGAAUCUCCAGGCAUGUGGAGUCGUGGCUCCACUCCGACCUCGAUGUCAUCAUACUCGCCUGGGAUUAUGCACUCAAGUAAGAUUGGACGCUUAAGACAGCCUAGUCCAUCCCAAACGAGACUUCCAUUAUUCACCCCGCCCCCGGUGUUUGCAAGCCCCCAAAGUGCACAAGGCGAAGGGAAAGAGUUGAAGCUUCACCGAACAGCAACUCCUCAAAGACCUUCUACCCGAAGCCCGGUGGUAAACACAAGCAUUCCGACAAAACAGAGUUCGGGGUCUAUCCCUACAAGAAUUCAAGGUCCUCCUCACAGCCCACCGCCAAGGAAGUCAUCUGUGAAUUUCAGCCCGCCAAAAGACUCCCCAGGCAAAGACUCUGAUAUAGACGUGGAGAAGGCCAGAAGAGAAGUUGAGGAAGCCGAACGUGAAGUUAUCAGAAGUCAUAAGCGAACAAUCACCAAUCCCUCCAGCCCGGAGGCGACUGUCCCGAAGACACCACCACGACCAAGUCGAGAUGGUACCCAUCGCCUGAAUCUAGAGACAUCUCCAGUGAUACAGAGUAAUCUGCCAUACCUAAAGUCAACAGGCCACACGAGACGUGAAUCUAUAGAGAAAAUACGUACAACUCCCCAGCCAUAUUCCACCUUAAACCAAUCUGCUACAAUAUCCGUGGACUCUUUCCGCUCCAAAGAUCUCUCUCAGAUCCCAUCUCGGGAAGCAGGAUCUCCACUCAAGACACGCAAAUCACCGAAAUUGACCAAGGAUCCCCCCAAAAACGUGCCCAAGGAAAAGAACGACUCAGCAAAACCGGUCACAGGCAAGCGAUUUGGUCUUUUCUCGAAGAAGUCCAAGCCAGAGCUGGAAAGCAAUGCCGGCGAACAGAAUCGUUCAGCGGCACGGAAGGGUCCAGCAGCUGGAACCGGUCAUGAAGGAUAUGGAAAAUACAGCCAGCGCGGUCGGAAAACAAGCGCGAGCAGCGCCUCUGAUCCCAGAACUCGAUCAACGAGUACAACUAGAAGCGCGUCUCAAUCAGUUGCUAGCAGCAAGGGCAGCAUGUCAAACCGGCCUGAGUUUGAUCUUGACGAUUUCCUAUUGAGCCGUCUUGAACCAGUUAUUAUCAGUGGCGGAGGAAUGGAAGGUUCAACGCUUUCACGAACCCAAAGCGAGCAAAGUAUGAGCAGUAUCAGCGUUACAUCAUCUAGUCUUGCUCGUCCUACACCACUGACGAUUUCUACCGCUCAAUCCACUGAUUCGUUAGUGACAAACUCUACUGGUAUUUUGGAUGAUUUAAUAUUUCCUAGCGAGUCCACCACUGCUUUGGAAUCUACUCGAAGCCGGAGUCCGGAAAAGAGCAUUAAGCUUGCAGAUAAUCCUCAACCACAACCUUCGAAGUCUCGGAUGCCAGUUCCCAAGGGUAAGAGCCAAGGGAUUUAUGCAAGCUCCGAAGCUGCUAAGACACAAAAAUCACUCUCUAACACUAGCACGACCUCUCUGGCUCCCAAGACUUCGAAGGGAGCUGUCAACUCGAAUCAACCUCCAGCGCCAGCGAAGGAGAACCAACAAGUCAACAAGAAAGGAAAAUCUUCGCGGUGGAAUCUGUUUCAAAGAAACCGGCCCGAAGAGCCUAAGGCUUCUGUUCCUUCUCCUGUAGCUGCACCUCACACUGCUCAGCUACAUGCAGCUAUUUCACCAGCCUUGAGAACUCGCCCCGUUGCACACUAUGCAUUUGUUGAUGCGGAUUCAGAUGAGCUUGAUGAUAUUAUUGGCAAGCUCGAGGAUUCCCCGCCAACUGAGGAGGAGAAAAUUGCGCCCGCGGUAGAAGUCCCAGCAGGUCUCAACAUAAGAAAAAGACACCCGUCUAUAUUGCUGCCAUCGCCUCCUAAACUUCAAGGCGAAUUUGGUAAAGAUGACCGUCCGUCUCCGAAGACCGCCUUAUUCAACCGCAAUCUCAUGGAUUCAGAGCCCGAAAGCAGCCCAGAAGAUCGCCGUCCUAGACGACUAGCUUCUGUUGGCCGUAUUCCGAAAGUUGUUUCUAGGCGUGACAGACAACACAGACCGGCUAUGCAAUCUUUCUCUCGGCCUUUCAGUGUUGUGGAAUCCCCACCACCGAUUCCGGCUCCCGCACAGCGAAGUGGACAGGACUAUCCCAGUUUCAAUGACCCUUCUUGGCAACGACAAGCAGAAAACACGAGUAAGGUACCGGACUGGGGCUAUGAUUUCAAUCAGCCCUCAAGCGCGUCUGAACAUGUUAGUGCUUUGAACUAUCUCACGGGGCCUUAUUCGGCCAGCGAGUUUCUUCAUUUUUCACCGCCACACAAGGGCUCUACAACGUCAAGCAGCUCAGGAGCCUUGGCAGCAGUGACAUCAGUGGUUCCCAAGGCAAAUACUGCACCUACGGAGGAUGAAGUUUGGGGGGAGUAUGAUGAUUUGCUUGAUCAUGUUUUGUCACCCGAAGAGCCAAACCCCGAUGAGUCUGACAAACAUGAGGGAGAUGAGAGAUUCCAAAUGGCAACAAUGGCGAGUAGAGCUCUCCAGGACGAAUUGAAUAACCACAGUUCCCUUUGUCCGGGCUCAUUCGUCCCCGAUGAAGCAUCGAUCCGAUCUAGCAGCGACUCCAUUCGCUUGCGUCGUUCCCGAAUCGUAUCUGCUUUGCACUCAUCAAUCUCUCCAUCCACUCAGCCAUCCUACAGCAACCUUAUUGCAAGCUACGGGGAUGACGACCUCCAGAGUCCUACAAAAUCAACUCAAGGCGUCUCAGAUAAUGUCAAAGCACAACAGUCCACAUUUCUUCAGUCUUUGGCCACAGCUCCCAACCCUAGCCAAAAGUCUCAAAAUGAGCGCAAAUCUAUACUGGGCUCACCAGAGCGAGAAUGGGAUGCUGUCACUCGCACAAACAUGAGAUCUGCUUCCCUCAUGACUAGUCGUUGGCUAUCAUUUGGACGUGUCCUCUUCAGUCCUGCUCACAAUCACGUCAAGACUGGAACACAUGGAAGAAUCCUUGUGAUCGACGGACUUGGAAAUGACGACUGGUCUUUCUAUUGCUCAUUGACUUAUCCAGACGCGGAGGUAUACAGCUUGAGUCGCCGACCUGUCUCUACACCGAUGCCUCAUCCUGCCGCAUGGCAACCUCCUACAAACCACCAUACAGUCUAUCAUGCUGGCCUACAGAACCCACUUCCAUUCCCAAAGGACUACUUUGCUGUCGCGGUGUUACGGUUCCCUGCGGCUGGCCCCGAGGCAAUCCAAAACAACAUAGUUCAGGAAUGUAAGCGCGUCCUUCGCUCAGGUGGUUACUUGGAAGUGAGCAUUUUAGACCGAGAUAUGAUGAACAUGGGCGCACGAACCCGCAAAGCCGUCCGUCGACUCAAAGAGAUGACAUGUCUUGCCAACCCGUCUAUAAGCCUUAAGCCAAGCACCGACAACGUCCAACGCCUCAUUGGCUCGCAGGGCUUUGACAAUCUUCGCAGAUGCAUGGUGCGGAUUCCUGUAGCGGGAAUGGUUGUUCGCUCCUCCGGCUCAACUGCUUCUUCUUCAAACAAGUCUCACUCUGCGACUACAACGACUGCCUCUACUGCAUUCUCAAUACCGGUUAUUUCGGUAACCACCACAGGUAGCCAAAGUACCCAAACGGCUUCCAAAUCGUCUCUUUCCGACGAUACCAAUGUCUCCCUUGGAGAUCUCCUCUCUGACCCCUCACCUUCCGCGGCCAAUGAUGAGUCAAUUGCCAAGAUUGUGGCUCGUGUUGGUCGCUGGUGGUAUACGAAGUGCUAUGAGGAUCCUGUCCUUCCCGAUACCGAAGACAAUGACCCUAGCAUGUGGAAUGACCGCAAGGUCCUUCGUGAGUGUCAAAAUCGCGGCACUGGCUUUCGCAUGUUAAUUGCCUACGCGCAGAAGCCAAGUGAGGUGAAGCGACGCACUGCUAGCGUCUGA